CCCAGCAGCAGCGCCAUGGCCAGGUGGAAUGCCUACAUGGACAGCCUCAUGGAGGACGGGACCUGUCAGGACGCGGCCAUCCUAGGCUACAAGGACUCGCCCUCCGUCUGGGCCGCCGUCCCCAGGAAGACCUUCCUUAGCAUUACGCCAGCUGAGGUUGGUGUCCUGGUAGGCAAAGACCGGUCAAGUUUUUUCGUGAAUGGGCUGACACUUGGGGGCCAGAAAUGUUCUGUGAUCCGGGACUCACUGCUGCAGGAUGGGGAAUUUACAAUGGAUCUUCCUACCAAGAGCACCAGAGGAGCCCCAACCUUCAAUGUCACUGUCACCAUGACUGCCAAGACGCUAGUCCUGCUGAUGGGCAAAGAAGGUGUCCAUGGUGGUUUGAUCAACAAGAAAUGUUAUGAAAUGGCCUCCCACCUGCGGCGUUCCCAGUACUGACCUCAUCUGUCCCCUCCCCCACCGCUCCCUUCAGCUUUUGCACCCCUUCUUUCCAUACACACACAGACAC